CCCGCUCCCCUUCCGCGGUCGGGCGCAUGGGCAGAUGCCCGAGUAGCGGCGGUUGGUUCCGGCAGCGUCCCGAAAGCGAAGGCGGGCGCCUGCGUGGGAGAGGCCGGCCGAGGCAGCGCGCAUGUUCCGCCCGGGAAGAUGAAGGUGGCGGUGGCCGGCUGCUGCCAUGGCGCACUGGAUAAGCUCUACGAGACCCUGCAGCUGCUAGAGCAGCGCCACGGCAUCGACGCCCGUCCGGAUUUGCUGCUCUGCGCCGGCGACUUCCAAGCCGUGCGCAACGCGGCCGAUCUGCGCUGCAUGGCGGUGCCGUCCAAGUACCGCCAGUUGGGAGGCUUUGCCAAAUACUAUUCUGGAGAGAAGAAAGUGCCUGUCCUGACUAUCUUCAUCGGUGGUAACCACGAGGCCUCCAAUCACUUGCAAGAGUUACCGUACGGUGGAUGGGUGGCCCCAAACAUCUAUUAUCUUGGUUAUGCUGGAGUUGUCAGAUACAGAGGGGUGAGAAUUGGUGGCCUGUCUGGUAUUUUCAAAGGCCAUGAUUACAGAAGAGGUCACUUUGAGUAUCCUCCUUACAACCAAGAAACAGUACGAAGCAUCUACCAUAUAAGAAAUAUUGAGGUUUUCAAGCUCAAGCAGCUCAAGCAGCCCAUGGAUGUAUUUUUGUCCCACGAUUGGCCUAGAAGCAUCUAUCAUUACGGAAACAAGACGUUGCUGCUUAAGAAGAAAUCCUUCUUCCGCUCAGAAGUGGAGAACAACACUUUAGGGAGCCCAGCAGCAUUAGAACUUCUGCAGCACUUGAAACCCAGUUACUGGUUUUCAGCUCAUUUGCACGUCAAGUUCGCAGCAUUAAUGCAGCAUCAGGCUGAUAACAGUGAACAGCAACCCAAAAUUACCAAAUUUCUGGCUCUGGAUAAAUGCCUGCCCCACAGGGAUUUCCUUCAGAUUGUAGAAAUUGAGCACAACCCGAGUGCACCCGAUUGUUUGGAAUAUGACCCUGAAUGGAUUGCUGUUCUGAAGGCUACCAAUGAUCUCAUUAAUGUCUCUCCUUCUUACUGGAACAUGCCUGAAAAUAAUGGACUGCAUGAAAGGUGGGACUACAGUGUUACAGAAGAAGAUAUCAAGAAUGUUUUGGAAGAGGUCAACCAUGAGCUUUUGAUUCCCCAGAACUUCAGCAUUACAGAGGCUUGUUAUAAUUCAAACAAGUCUCAGCAAAAGACUGACUUGAUUCAUAGAAUUAGCCCCCAGACUACAGAGUUUUGUGCCCGGUUUGGUCUUGUGGACAUUAAUGCUAAAAUUCAACAACGGAAGGAAGAGCACAGAGAUGAUGUGCACCAGGGUGAAGAGGAGGAGGAGGAGGAGGAAGAAGAAGAAGAAAAAGAAAUAGAUACUACUGGAUCAAUGAUGGAGUCCAGUGCUGAUGUCUCUAGUUUAUUUUCUGUCAACCCUGAUGAAAUAUUAUUGGAUGAUGAUAGCUGUGAUGAUGAUGAUUUGGAGACUUCAGAAGGACCAUCAUCUGAUCUUUCCUGCAAUAUCUCAGAAAACUUUUCUGAUAUCAGAAUCCUGCCUGGUUCUAUGGUAGUGUCCCCUAAUGACACUCUGGACGUUGUAGAAGGUGAACUGGAGAAAUCCAGCAAUGGAAAUCAGGCAGAGGAGCAAAGCGCUGAUGGGAAGCCUUUGAAGCGCUUAAGUGAUGAGAACAAAGAAGGAACAGUUGGCCCAAAGAGAAUCAAAAGGCGGAAUCAGGCUAUCUAUGCUUCCAAAGAUGAAGACGAAGAUGAGACAUUAGAAUGAUAAUCCUUUUUCUUGAUUGAACUGAGUGAUGGGAUCAUAUUCCUGGUGCACCUGACAUACCUGUGGCAGUUAUGGAGCGCUGUAUAGUUUUGAUAUUGCAGUUGUAAUAAAAGCCUUGUUUUUUAAAUAGUA